GCCGAGGACAGACGGAGCUCCGGCCGCCCUGAGCGCGCUGAGCAGCCUUUGAAGGCCGCAGCCGUUGACCCGGCCGCUGCUGGAAGCCGUUCAAGGGAAAACCAGUCGUUCUAGCGGGAAACGUGUUGGAAGUGACACUAACGAAUUAUGGCCCAGGGCCUGAUGGGCUCUUUGUGUUCGGGCACCUUCACUUUUGAUGCCGUUGAGGGCCUGAGAGCUGAGACAUUCAGUCAACGGGAAAACAUGAAUGAUCCUAGACAGCAAUCACUGUUCUUCAUCACACCUCCAGAUUUAUACAAACUCUGUGCUGUCAAGAUAAUAUUGAGUAAUCAGGUGGCAGAUACUGAAAUUAGGAGUACACAAAUGAAGAUGUGCAGGCAAUUGCUAUAUAUGCACCAAGAUAUUCUUGUGUCACCUGUGCCUGGAAUAUUAAGCCAAAUUUGGGUAGUGAUGGCGAUACCAUUUUAUAAAGCUGGAAAACUUAAUGCCUAUAUUGAAAAUUGUGGAGCUAAAGUAGAGGCUCCACAAAGAGUAAUUCCUGUAAUUCUUCAAAAUUGCCUUUCAUAUUCACUCAUGUCUAGACUUGCUCCAGCCUGGAAUAAAACUGGCCAUCUCUUGGUGCAAGGAAGAGAAUUUCUUUCUCAAAUGGGAAAGCAAAGUGCUGUUGUAUUAGACAUCAAUGUAACUGAAACUCAAGUUUGUCUAAGUAUAGAAGCUUACACAAUCAGAUUGCCACCACCUGAGGAUGAGAACAUAAUUUAUGAUCCCAAAUGGAUACUUCUGAGAAUGAAAGGGAAACUAACCUACUGGGAUACUGGCCCAACAUACAUAAACUGGAGGCUAAGAGAAUUUGGUAUUUCCCAGAGUAUUAUAAAGGAUUUUGAUACUAACAACAAUGCUGUCAUUGAAGGACAUUCAAUUUUAAACAACUGGUGCUACGUUUUGCCAAGUAUGAAAAGGGGACAAAUAAUAAGUAUUCUUCACACCACACCCCCUGACUGUCCUUUUCACUCAUAUGAAGAUUUCCGGAUGCACUGGGAUGACUUGUAUGGCUAUAAACUUCCAGAAGAUUGUGGAAAUACUAAAAUUUACUGCAGCAUCUACUUCAAAAUGAUAGGAGAAAGAAUCUUCACAUACCCUCUCAGCUGCAUCAGAAGUCAGCCCAUUCAGUUCUUUCCAAGAGUAGAUUUGGAAGGUGUGUUGAAAAGUUUCCUUUCAGACUUAAAAUCUAAAUUGCCUCAGAUAUGUGGCUUUCCCAUAAAGAUGACAACUAAGGCAUGCUACUACACACAAGAACUAAUGAAACCUCAUGUACAGGAAAACAAAACCAAGGCAUUUAAUGUGACCACUAAACAAAUGUUCAGUUCCUCUCUGACUCAGGCCCCUUCCACAAGACCUGCUCUGGCUGAGCAUCUUCGAUGGUGUUCAGUAGCUGUGGACCACAAGGUGGAGCUUUCAGGCAGCCAUCUGAAGAAGCCUUGGGUGCCCUCAACUCUGCAGCUCCAGCAAGAAGCUGUUCAGAACAGAAAGAAAGCCCUACCUGACAAGGCACCCCAAGUACAUAUGGAAGUACCAAAGCCCAACAGAGGAAAGAUUCAAGUUCAAGGCACAAAUUUCACCUCCCAGAAUAAUAUUGUCCCUAAAUUUAUACCAUUUUUCAAAAAUCAAUCAUUACAGAUGAACAAAAAUAUCUUAGAACCUGGCAAUCUAAAAAGAAAACAGCUUGUUACAGAAUCUAAAUUUUUUUCACUUAAAGCUGGCGUGAUGCAAAAUGACAAACUGAAUUUAGAUCCAGCUAUUAAAAAAAGAUCUAAUCAUAACAUUCAGAUGAAUACCAGAAAUUUAAAUCAGAAGAUUUCUAGACUUCUACAAGAAAAAAACACUGGGUCCUGUGAAAAUAUAAAACAUCCCCCUUCUAAUGGAGAAUCAUCAACUAUGAGUUUAAAUGAAAGUAAACACCUGUCUAAUAGUUUACUAUUUCAGAUGUCAAAGAACAGGAUAGGCGUAAUAAACAGUGCUGUUGACUUCCAAGUGAAUGGAAAAGAACAUUUAACAAGCAAACAUAUAACACAAAUUUUAGGGAAAGGCCAUGAGUCAGUGAAAAUAAAACAACCACACAUUUUUGAAUCAGAUACAGAAACAGAAGAUGCCCAAGUACUACAGUGGCAAUCAAUAAAUGAAACUAUAAAAGUUGGUGUAAAUGACCACAAAUUGAUAAUAAGCAAAACAUCCCACAGGUCUAAAAGAAAAUUGUGUCAGGAAUCUUCAAAAACUUCAAAGAGAUCUCAUUCCAAUACCAUCCAUUAUGGACAGUCCAGUUUUUCUAGGAACAAGAUACAUGAUGUGGACAAAUCAAAAGCUCAGAAAUCUCUCAUCAUCCCUAAAGCUUAGAACAUGGAUAUGAAAGAAGGAAAUAUCCACCAGAGAUAAUCACUCUGAACAUGGAUGGACAUUUGCACGCUCUUGUGAACAUGGAAUCAGGCCCCACACACUGCUGUGGAACCUCCUUUAACACUUGAAAAUUGUUGUUGUCAUGGGUGCAUAGUAUUUAUUCCAUAGCUGGUGGGUCUACUAUAUUAACUGUCCCUACCGAUUCACAUUUUAGAUCCAACUCUUCGCUGUGGUGACAAUAUUGUAUACAGUAUUGUUAGUUGAAAAUACCUUUAUUUUCAAAAAUAUCUCUAUUUUUAUGGAGAUUUAUUUGAACUUAUUUUUAUUAUUGAAGAUUUCAAGCUUUACAAAGUACAGAUAAUAGUGUAAAGAACCUCUAAGUAUCAACAAUUCAAUUACUAAUACUCAACUUCAACAAUUACUAAUAUUUCAUCACUCUAUUUCACCUAUUUCUCACAGAUCCACUUUUUUACUGUACUAUUUUAAAGCAAAUUAAGUAUCAGAUUGGUCAUCUAUAAACACUUGAGUAUAGCUCUCUACCAGGCAAGAGAUAACAUAAUUUAAAGAAAAAAAAAUGUAUGUCUGUACAUUCCAUUUUUGGCAUGUCUACAGUAUCUUUACUAACUCAUUAAAUUUUACUUUAGUCUAACAUGCAAACUGACAGGAAUCCCUCGAUAAACAUUAAACCUAUUUCACAAAGUAGCCAGCUAAAGCCUUCAAUCAUACAACCAAAAUACUGGCAUGAAGAUUUAUUUCUUCUGCCAUACGUAUGUGCUCUGUGCCAGGCAGUGGACCAAGCACUGUGCUACUGAAAUGACAAAACUGCCAUUGGCUGUGUAGUCUAAUCUCUAGCCAGCUUAUUCUGGGUUCCUGGCAAAGAUGUAGGGGUUGUGUAUGUACAAUGAAGCAAAUUCUAACAAUGACGUUUUGGUCUAUAUUGCAAAUAAAUUACUGAACUUAUAAAAAGAAACAAAGAUUCUCACCUAAUUAGUAUUAUUCUGGCUUUCAAACAUUUUAGAUGUUUAAUUUGCAAAAUGUGAUAUAAUUCUUGUAAGAUAUUUAAAAGAUUAAAAAUCCUCAUUAAUAUUCUACUGAAAUAAUUCUUCAUUAAAUUUUUAAAACCCCAGCAGAGAGCUGAGUGUAAGUUUAACUUUGAUUUUUUAAUGUGAUUAACUGUUUUUGCUACCUCACUGAGUCAUUGCAAUUAAAGGCAAAAGUGAAUACAAACUCUGCUUCAAAACUGUAAAUAUAGUUCUUGCUCUUGAAAUUGCAUGUGGUUAAUCAAUUUACCUGUAUGUCUUUUAUUGGAAGCAUUUGUUUUUCCAGAGUAUUUCUAUUUUAAAAUAUUAUUUUAUAAUUUUCAUAGGCAAACACAACUAGUUUAAAGCCCAUUUUGAAUGUGCCUUGCUCAUUCUAAAACUACUAUGAUAACUAGUAGACUGCAGUAAAAAACAAAUGGUAUGUCAUUGUGUUUGUGAGGUGGUGAUGACAAUAUUUGUUAAAGAAAUUACUAUGAAUAAGGAUAUAUUUUUGGUCACUCAGUUGUCCACAGCAUGUACUUCUUGAAACCAGUCUUUCCUUUUGUUCCAUACAUUCCUAGCCACCUUCCUGCUACUGUCCAGUCAUCAUGCUUUAGUUAAAAGACUAAGCAAAAUAAUUAAAAAGAUAAAUCCACUGCUUAGUGUGUAGUAUCUUCCAACUCUUUAAAUAAUCUUGCUAGCUCCUCCUCCACUCCAUUAGUGUCUAAAACUAAUUUUUAGGAUAGUAUUUCAUUUAGAUCAAUGUUAAUCUACAUGGCAAAGCCUGCGUAUUGAGGAUCAGUCUAUUUUCUGGUGUAAAGUAGGUUUGUUUUUCAUCUUACAAUAUUCUAAUUAAACCAAAAUAUAUAUGAUAUAUGUGUAUGCAUGGUAUGUAUGUACAUAUAUAUGUAUGUAUGAUAUAUAUAUGAUUUACUAUAGAGAUACACAAGCGAAUUGAUUAUUUACUAUUUCAUGUUCAGAGAAGUUACAGACUAAAUUGCUGGGCUCAAACUCACUGAAGAAAUUAAUGAAGAUUUUGGCUCAUUUUAAAGAUUAUUAUUUGAAAGCCAGGAUAAUUUCAAAUCUAAUUAGGGAAAACUAAAUUAUGCUAUCUUGUUUAAAUUUUUGGUGAUUUAUAUGCAUUGUGGACACCACCCUUACCCUGCCCUCAACUCAUUCUUCACAUUCCAGUUGUAUGCUAGUUUUUGAAUCAUUACAGUUUUAAACCAUAAAUAAUUUUGUUUGCUUUUAUGCAGAACUUUAAAAGACAUGGCAAUAUGCCAAAAUUAAUGCUAUGAGUCAUCUUCAUAGAAAUGUAAAAAUGCUUUUCAUGUACUAUUUAUAUUUCAAAUUACAGUGGUUUUUUGCUUACUAUAUUUGAAUUUUUCUACUUUUAUUUUUUAUAUAUUACUAAAAUUAUACAUUAUUAUAUAUUAUUUUCUUUGUAUUUGUUGCUUACCGUAGCAAAUAGGUAAAAAAAUAUAUAGGUUUGUCAAUUACUAAGCAGUUCACUAACCAGUUUUUGCACUCUGUCAAAUUUCACAUCAUCUAAUGUUAUGCUGGAACUAACAAUAUAUUGGUGUUCACUGAUAACUUAAGAAUGGUCAGUAUUUAUAAUUGUUUAAAGAUGUCAGGGCCAUUAUUUAUUGAUGCUUAAAAGGUCCAUGUUGUAUCCUAUAUAGCAUUUUAUUUUAAAUAAGAAAAUAAAAGUAUUCAGAUAGA